AUGGCUGAUCUAAUACAGCAUUUCAGUGGUGAUAGGCUUGGGCUAACAGAAAAAAUUAGAGAAUAUGAUAAUCUUGUACUUAUUGACUUCUCUGCAACGUGGUGCGGCCCAUGUAGAAAAUUAAGCAUGGCUCUCCCAUCAAUUGCAUCAAAUAAUAUAGAUGUAACAAUUAUUAAGAUUGAUAUUGAUGAAAAUGAAGAUUUAGCUGCAGAAUUCGGUGUUACUCUUAUUCCAAGAAUUUUAUUCGUUAAAAAGGAUGCAAAAACGUAUACAGUUCUUGAUGAAUUCAUUGGGUGCGACAUACCUCGUAUUAAAGAAGAUAUAGAGAAAUUUAGAUAA